AUGAUUAUUAUUAUUAUUAUUAUUAUUAUUAUUAUUAUUAUUAUUAUUAUUAUUAUUAUUAUUAUUAUUAUUAUUUAUUUUAUUUCCUCAUUUCAUUGCUCAGCGCUAGAUAACAUGUCGCAACUGGCUGGACGUCGCGGGAAUAGGCGCUGCCAUCGCCUACCAGCUGCAAGACGCCGGCGUCAAUGUGGUAGCUCUAGCAAGAAGGAAGGAGAAGAUUCAGCCGCGGGAGAACUUCCAUCGGGAAGGUUGCCAGCCCUGGGAAGCUCCACGCGCUCAAAGGACAUCGUCAACACCUUCAAGUGGAUCAAGGAUAACCUCGGCGUCGCUCAUAUUGUGGUGAACAACGCGGGGUUGGGAGACAGUACCCCAUUGGACGCUGAGGAACGUAAUAAUAAUAAUAAUAAUAAUAAUAAUAAUAAUAAUAAUAAUAAUAAUAAUAAUGACGCUUGUAAAAACUGA